AUGGAUGUCGGCGAGUUACUGUCUUUUCAGCCUGACAGACCCACUGGCAUCAAGAGAAAGCCAGGAGAGUAUGGUAAUGAGGAAUCGCUUAAUGGGGACAGACGGAAAAGGAGAGGAGGUGGAGGGGCGGGCUUUGGUGCAGCGCCCUCUGGUGAGGAUAGAGGGGGAAUCAGUGAGGAACAAAGGGAGAAAAUCCUAAAAAUGGUGGAAGAAGAACCAGAAACAGAACCAAUGGAUGAAACAACUCUGAAGAAAAUGCUGCUUCAGUUUGAGAAACGUGUUUAUAAAAAUCAGGAGAUGAGAGUGAAGUUUCCAGAUUUGCCAGAAAAAUUUAUGGAGUCCGAGGUAGAACUACACGAUAUGAUUCAGGAGUUGCAUGUGAUAGCCACUGCUCCUGAGCUGUACCAUGUACUGGUGGAGCUGAACACUGUCCAGUCACUUCUCCAGCUCCUCACUCACGACAACACAGAUAUAGCCUUGGCUGUGGUAGAUUUAUUACAGGAACUCACGGAUGUGGACACUCUGAACGAGAGCGAGGAGGGGGCAGAGAGCUUAAUCGACACCCUGUUGGAAGGUCAGAUUGUGGCAGUUUUAGUACAGAAUCUUGAGAGGCUUGAUGAAACAGUGAAAGAAGAAGCAGAUGGGGUUCACAGCAGUUUGGGUAUCAUAGAGAACAUAACAGAGUUCCGUCCAGAUAUCAGCUCAGAGGCUGCACAGCAGGGACUGAUGGUCUGGUUACUGAAGAGGAUCAAGGCCAAGAUGCCAUUUGAUGGCAACAAACUUUAUGUUAGUGAGAUCCUCUCCAUUUUACUACAGAGUAAUGAUGAAAAUCGUCAAUUAUUGGGUGACUCAGAUGGUAUAGAUGUCUUGCUUCAGCAGUUAGCUUCGUACAAGAGGCACGACCCUGUUUCAAGAGAGGAAAUUGAAAUGAUGGAAAACCUUUUUAACUGUCUUUGUUCAGCACUGAUGUUGCCUGGCAACAGAAAUAAAUUCUUACGCGGGGAAGGGCUUCAACUUAUGAAUCUCAUGUUGAGAGAAAAGAAGAUGUCACGUAACUGUGGUAUCAAGGUCCUGGAUCAUGCCAUGGCAGGAGCAGAAGGGGCAGAUAACUGCACUAAGUUUGUAGACAUUCUAGGUCUUCGAAGUGUUUUUCCAUUAUUCAUGAAGACACCAAAGAGAAACAAAGCUGGUCCAGGAAUGGAGGAGCUUGAAGAGCAUAUUAGCUCAGUCAUUGCCUCCUUGUUGAGAAACUGUCAAGGAACUCAGAGACAGAGGCUUGUGAAUAAAUUUACAGAAAAUGACCAUGAAAAGGUGGAGAGAUUAUUGGAGCUGCAUUUCAAAUACCUGGAGAAAGUCAGAGCAGUUGAUGACCAUAUUGAACAAGAGAAAAAUAGGCUCCUACGUAACUCUGAGGAGAUUGAUGAAGAAGUGGAGGACAGGUUUUAUAUGCAGAGAUUGGACGCUGGCCUCUUCACAUUACAGCUGGUUGAUUACAUCAUGUUAGAAAUAUGUGCAACGGGUCCAGCUUCUGUGAAGCAGAGGGUGAUGAGGAUUCUGAAUAUGAGAGGAGGAUCCGUCAAAACUAUACGUAACAUCAUGAGAGAAUAUGCGGGUAACAUAGGAGACGCUAAAGAUGCUGAGGCUCGUGAAGCUGAACAGAACAGAGUUUUGCAGCUGGUGGAUAAAUUUUAGCAGAUCAUGCCUGAGGUUAAUGGCAUUGACCAGGAUGCUGUGUUGCACAGAAGUCACUGUGUUAUAAAGAAGUCACUGCAGAGGGAGGUUUUAGAGGCUGAACCUGAUAUGGUUCUGUACAGAACGUGAGACUCUGGGAUGAAAAUGCUAGGAAAGUCCUGGGCAGGAUUUCACAUACUGAGCUAAGACCUGGAUGUGUCAAGUAAAGAUGUGCUACUUCCAG